AUGGUAUACGAAAAAAUAUCGACACCUCACAUUCGCUCGGAAAUACCUCCAAAUGAUAACGACGCACUUCUAUACAUCAUUGUCUCGCUCUGUAUCAUCAUCAUUGUUAUCGAACUCGUUUUCCGGGCUUACUCUGCAUACUCCUGGCAACGGCAGAGAAAUUAUGUCAAAUGCGACGACGUAGUAUUUUUUGUGGCCGCAGGAUUGGCAAUAUGCCAGUUUACUCUUGUUAUCGUUCAGGUGAAGCAUGGAUGGGGAAAAAGUCACAUCCGGGUCUGGGGGGUCUACCGCAGGUCCCAGACAGAUACAGAGGUUAUGAACAAGACCGCAUAUGCUGCCGAUCUCUUCUACGUGACCAUUCUUGCGUGCUCCAAAGUUUGCGCAAUCCUUUUCAACCGUGAUAUCUUUCGGUAUGUGAAGAGGGUAUCAGAAUGGAUGAGUUAUGGGAUCUUGCUGUUAUGUGGAGCCACAUGGAUUGUGUCAGUCGUGGUCCUGGCGGUGCGAUGCACGUCGGCCCCAUGGGCAGAUAUCAAUCAACAAUGCUCAUCUUUCUUCUCUCACUGGCAAGUUGUUACUGCUCUGGAUAUUAUAACUGAGACAGUAAUCCUCUCCUACCCCAUUGUGUGCCUGUACAAGGUGCAGAUGUCGAACCGGCAGAAAUUCCGCGUCUUAGUGGCCAUGAAUUGUCGCAUACUCCUUAUUCCUUUAUCAGCCCUCCAUCUACACUUUAUCCAUAGACAAUACAUGUCUCUGGACCCCAGUGUAGACGGAAUAUUCUCCACUUCCAUGGCCGUAAUACACAUAUUAUUCAGCCUUGUCGUUCUUAUUGGGUCUUCUUUGAAGGGCGUCGUCUCGAUCAAUAAUCGACACUGUGACGACUUUGUCGCGCCAUUGCCACCCAAAACGACAAGUUCAGUCGCUGAGCUAGCCAUCUCGAGACAAAAGCUAGACCGGCCACGAUCUACUCAUUCAUUUCUACCAGCAACUUCAUCGGAUGUAAAUGAAGAUCCUAAACUGGGUAUGUUGGAUCUACCACAAGCUCCUUAUGCGUGCAAACCGCUGGCUCUGUCUCAUGAAACAUGGCCGCGUUGGUCCGUCAUUGAGGAGGAAGAUGAAGAAGAAGGAGAAGAAGCAGUCACCCCUGCUAUUACUCACGAUGAACAGGACCGGGAAGAAAUUCAAAUUCAAUUACUUCCUCCUCCUCCAGUGUUGAGACGAGAUAACCCUCCUUUCUACUUUGCUCAUGAGAGGGGGAAUUCCGUUGCCGUUGGCGAAUCUAGCGAACUCAUGCGGGUCUGA